AUGGCACCACCACGUGCCACCUUCAUUCGCAAAUUAACCCCUAUUACUCCUCAGUUCACAACUGCUACACAGCCCCACUACUCCACGGGCCGCCACUAUUACACAGCCCUCACUACCCGCAGGCCGCCACUAUUACACAACCCCUACUACUCCGCAGGCCGCCACUAUUACGCAGCCCCCACUACUCCACAUCCCGCCACUGGCCGCCACUGUUACACAACCGCUACUACUCCACAGGCCGCCACUGGCCGCCACUGUUGCACAGCCCCCACUAUCCACAUCCAGCCACUGGCCGCCAUUGGCGACCACUAUUACACAGCCCCAACUACUCCGCAGGCCGCCACUACUACACAGCCCCAACUACUCCGCAGGCCGCCACUAUUACACAGCCAAACUACUCCACAGUCUGACACUAUUACACAACCCCCACUACUCCACAGUCUGACACUAUUACACAGCCCCCACUACUCCACAACCGCCACAACUACACAGCCCCACUUCUCCACAGACCGCCACUACUACAUAGCCCCACUUCUCCAGAGCCACUGGCCGCCACUACUACACAGCCCCACUUCUCCACUGGCCUCCACUACAACACAGCCCCACUUCUCCAGAGCCACUGGCCGCCACUACUACACAGCCCCACUUCUCCACUGGCCUCCACUACAACACAGCCCCACUUCUCCACAGACCGCCACUACUACACAGCCCCACUUCUCCACAGUCCGCCACGCCCCACUUCUCCACAGACAGUCACUAUUACACUGCCCCACUUCUCCACAGUCCGCCACUAUCAAACAGCCCCCAAUACUCCGUAGGCCGCCACUGCUUCUCAGCUCGCAACUAUUUCAGCUCUCGCAGUCUUCACGUCAAAUGACGUCUCCUCUCUAUGACUUCACAGAGGUCAGAGGAUGA